AUGCGUGACUUAAUUUUUUCGCUUGUUCUAUUUGAAUUUCUGAUCGGCCUGCCAGUGUCCGCAAUUCCUCGAGCUUCAGCGUCGCCGAUUUGGCAAGGUUGGAACAGACUUCAGACCGUUCUUGGUGCUGAGAUCCGUCAAUCUGACAGCUGUUGCACACCCUUUACUUACCCGGAGCACAACUUCUCCGUUCCCAUCGACCAUUUCCACAACGAGGAUAAAUAUGCGCCACAUCUGGACGGCAAGUUCCCAUUACGCUAUUGGUUUGAUGCAUCGUAUUACAAACCUGGCGGGGCCAUCUUCCUACUUGCUGCGGGCGAAACUUACGGAGAUGAACGACUAGAAAUUUUGCGGAAAGGCAUCAUUUACCAGCUGGCAAGGGAAACAAACGGUCUUGGUGUCAUCCUUGGGCAUCGCUACUAUGGCAAGAGCUUUCCGGUGUCAGACCUCUCGAACGCAAAUCUACGCUUCUUGACAACAGAACAGGCUUUGGCUGAUACGAAGUACUUUGCUGAAAACGUAGUUUUUCCUGGUCUUGAACAGUAUGAUCUUACUGCGAAGAAAACGCGGUGGGUUGCAUAUGGAGGUUCUUACGCUGGAGCUUUCGUUGCAUUUUUACGAGUACUAUACCCGGACACGUUUUUUGGAGUCAUAUCAUCGUCUGGAGUAACUGAAGCAAUCAUUGAUUAUUGGGAAUAUUUUGAAGCGAUUAGGCUCUUUGCGCCUCCCAAGUGCAUUGAGUUCACUCAGCAGCUUGUCCAGUUCGUCGACAAGAUAUUACUCGAUCCAGCGAAACAACAAUUCGUCCCAACAUUGAAACAGACCUUUGGUUUUGUAAAUGUAACUCAUAACGCCGACUUUGCUGCCGCACUGACAGCUUCCGGGAUAGGAACAUGGCAGGAAAGGAACUGGGACCCUGCCAUAUCAGACCAGAGGUUUGACCUCUACUGUAGCAACAUCACCAGCGAGAAAUCAUUGUAUACGACUCCGCAUGAUUUCAUUCCCGUGUUGAAAAGUCUUACCGAAGCAGCAGGCAUGCAGCAUUUGUCUGUCGGUAAACGGCUCAAUCAGCUUCUCAACUUCAUAGGCUGGGCCAACUUAACCGUGGUACAGCCUUGUGCGGCGUUGUUUGAUACUCAGGACGAGUGCUUCGGCACGUACGAUGAUGCUCGUUGGCAGCGUCAUGGCCUUGACCAGCAAGCAUGGCGAAGUUGGUCCUAUCAAGUUUGCACGCAAUGGUAUGUUUGCAUCGAAUAGGCGUCUGUUCAAAUUGAGAGCCAAUUUAAGCAGUGAACUAUGACCAAACAAGAACAAGAAAGGCAUAUGUGCCUGAAUACCAAAUAGAUAAUUAUCGUUAACUAGAUUGUGCAGGGGCUAUUUUUAUACAAGCGACGUUCCCAAAGACGUUCUUCCGAUACAAUCUAGGCUUCUUGAUUUGGCCUACGAGUUCAAGAUCUGCAAGCAAGCCUUUGAAAUAACCACGCUGCCUGAUGUUGAUGCUAUCAAUAAAUUUGGCGGCUUUGACAUAGAAUAUGAUCGUCUUGCGAUUGUGGAUGGCGAAGCUGAUCCUUGGAGGUGGGCAACACCACACGCGCCGUCUGCUAGGACAAGGAAUAGUACAAUCAACAAGCCAUUUAUCCAGAUAGAUGGAGCAGGACAUCACUGGGAUGAGAAUGGCCUCUUCCCGAAUGAGACUACGCCUGAUCUGCCACCAACACCGGUCAGAAAGGCGCAGAAACAAAUUGUAGAAGCUGUAAAGCAGUGGAUCAAUGACUACAACCAUGAAUCUCGAUGACUUCUUUAGAGCAAUAGAAGGGACUAGGGUACUAGUGGCUAGUCCCAUCUAUUGCUCUAAAUCCUCUGGGAUCAUUCUUCUCUCCUCAAUGGCGUGCUCGCACUAUACCGCCACAACGGUGCGCGAGAAGCGAAUGUGAAAACGAAUUCCAACCUCAUAAUCUUGUGAUAGAGAUAUUCGAGCAUAGUAUAGGUUCGUUUGACCUUGAUUUAGACUCCUGGUCUUGUGCAUAUAUCCUUGAAAGCCGAGCUGUUGAAAAUGAAGACGUGACAUCCGAGGCGACCGAAGCUUUUCCCGUCUAUCAUAAACAGUGUGGUGAGACC